AUGGCUUCUUUAUAUGUCGGUGUACUGGUUUCCUGGGUCCUCCAGCUGUUCUGUCUGACACAGUCCGCAGUCUUCCUGCAGGAGGGUGAAGCUAAGAGCCUAUUGCACAGAAGACAGCGAGCUAAUAGGCUCUUGGAAGAGCUGAAAAGAGGGUCUGUUGAGCGAGAGUGUUUCGAGGAAAAAUGCUCUCGUGAAGAAGCAAGAGAAGUGUUUGAUAAUGAAUCGAGAAUGGAGGAGUUCUGGGCCAUCUAUACAGAUGGCAAUCAAUGUGCGUCAAACCCGUGCCAAAACGGUGGAAUGUGUCAUGACCAGUUGAAAAGUUACCAGUGCUGGUGUACAGAGAACUUUGAAGGCUGGAAUUGUGAAACAGAAAAAAUCAGGAAGAUUAAAUGCAUCUUUGAAAAUGGAUAUUGCGAACAGUUCUGCAAUGAUCUUCCUCAUUCAUCUCGUGAAUGUAGCUGUACAGAAGACUACAGGCUUGCAGAAGAUGGAGUAUCGUGUAUAAGUACAGUGCAAUACCCAUGUGGGAAAGCGCCCCGGAUGAAUGGGACGGAGGCUGAAGCACCUGACCACUUGGGUAGAAUUGUGGAUGGGGAAAAUGCUGUCAAAGGAGAAUCCCCAUGGCAGAUUUUUUUAACUUAUAAAGGAGAAUUUUUGUGUGGUGCCGUGUUAAUUGCUCCUCAGUGGGUUCUCACUGCUGCUCACUGCACCCAUGACAAGAGGAGGGAGGAUCUGCAAAUUGUAGCAGGGGAACAUGUGCUGAAUGAAGAAGAAGGGACAGAGCAGAAAAGGAAUGUGUCGGAAAUGAUCAAUCAUCAGAACUACAACCCUAAGACUGUUGACAAUGAUAUUGCAAUGUUGAAGCUCGAUGUGCCCAUUACUCUGAAUGACUAUGCAGUUCCUAUCUGUUUACCUAAGCCAGACUUUGCUAUGCGGGAGUUAACACAAAUUCACUUUUCCACUGUGUCUGGAUGGGGAAGGCAAUUUGAAGGUGGGCUGAUAGCUAACACACUGCAAAUCCUUCAGGUGCCAAUUGUCUGGACAUCUGAGUGCCAGCAGACCACCGAUUAUACCAUUACCGAUAACAUGUUCUGUGCUGGGUAUUUCGAGGCAUCAAAAGACACUUGCAAGGGAGACAGUGGGGGACCACACGUCACAAAGUACAAAGGCACCUGGUUUUUGACAGGAAUAGUUAGUUGGGGAGAAGGGUGUGCCCGUGAGAGCAAGUAUGGAAUCUACACCAAAAUUCACAAGUACUUCCACUGGAUAAGGCAGUUCCUGAAUCCCGCAAAUCUGACACUCAGUACAAGUUUUGUGAAUCUUACAGAAUCAUCAGAACCAAUGGCAAAUAUUUCUCAUGUUAGUUUCAUAAACUAG